AUGCACUUAUCCCGACGUGGCUCAGUGGUGACGAGGGGACCUAGAAGACCAGUGCCAGAGAUAAAGAGGAAACACAGUGGCGGAAGGACACAGCGGUGCUCCCGGUGCCCGCCCCCCCGAGCCGAGCGGGGCGGAGCGGCAGGACUACACCUCCCGUGCUGCACCGGCGGCGGGCGGCCCUCCCGGGCUGACGCUGCCGGCGGCUCCCGGCGCCGCCUUUGUCCGUACGGGGCUGGCGGCGCGGCCCCGGCGCAGGGACCACCUGCCCUUGUUGCACUGGUGCGACUGGUGACGGGACAGGUACCUCGUGUGGAAUCCAGAGCAUCCUGCCUCCCUCUUCCCGGAUCAAUACCUGCACGGGCCUCCAUCUCUGCGCCGAGAGCAGUGACACGCCGGGCUCCAGGCUGCUGCGGCAAGAUGUCGCUGACGUUUGAGGACGUGGCGCUCUCCUUCUCCCCCGAGGAGUGGGCAAAGCUGUCGGGCUGGCAGCAGCAGCUCUACCAGGAGGUGAUGCUGGAAAACUACCAGAUGGUCGCCUCGCUGGGCUGGGCCAACGUUAAGCCAGAGAUCAUAUGCAAGAUGGAGUGACAAGAGACACCGUGUGUGUCAGACGACCCUGGGGAGCAGCAGAGGGACCAGAGCCCUGUGCCAGAUGAUCUCUGGUUUGACAGUGGCCCAGCCUGUCCGGGGCACAGAGAGAAGCCCCCUCUCCCGCACUGCCGGGACAGCAGCACCGGCCCCCGCACCCACAGCCCCUGCAUCCCCCCCACCCCGCUCCUCUCUCCUGUCCCUGCCAGGCUGCGGCUUCAGCCCCCACAUCCCUGCACCUACAGCCUCCUCUCGCUGCGCCCCCGUCACCUCGGCCACUCUCCUGCACACAGGACACCUGGGAACAGCUCAAAGCUGCACCUGGGAGGUUUAGACUGGAUGUGAGGAAGCGUUUCUGUACUGAAGGGGUGGUCAAACCCUGGAACAGGCUGCCUGGAGAGGCAUUCGAUGCCCCAAGCCUCUCCCUGUUUGAGAGACACUUGGACAUUCUCCAGUUUGUGGUCAGCCCUGAAGUGGCCAGGUAGUUGGACUAGAUGGAUAUUGAAAGUCCCUUUCAACUGAAACAGGCUGUCCCAUCCCAUCCCAUCCCAUCCCAUCCCAUCCCAUCCCAUCCCAUCCCAUCCCAUCCCAUCCCAUCCCAUCCUCUCUCCCAGGAACACUCUCCACAGGAGGCUGCCUGGCAGGGUGAGACCUGCAAUUGCAACCACUACAUCAGAGCUUGGGCAGCUCCAGCUCAAUUAAAGAGGUGAAUUCCAGCACGAUCCCAGCCCAACAUCACCAGAGAGAGUCCUCACCCAGCGAGGCGACCAUCUGGUAGUUCUCCAGCAUCACCUCCCGGUAGAGCUGCCGCUGACAGCCCGACAGCUUUGCCCACUCCUUGGGGGAGAAGUAGAGCGCCACGUCCUCAAACGUCACCGACAUCUGCAGCAAGAAGCACACCCGGCUCAGCACACCCCACCACAUGGUUGCUAAACACCUCUCACAAAAUCCUGUCAAUACUGGAUAGGGCCCCGCUGGCACCUGGGGCUCUGGCAUCCCAAGGGCAGUGCCAGGAGAUCUCAGAGAAUCCUGUGCCAGGGAAGGUCAGGGGAGAAGGGGCAGUCUUGGCACAUUGGAGUGGCACGGCAGGGCCAUCCGGGCACAGGGGGCUCUCUCAGUAGGUCUCUAGGCAGGGGAACAACCCACCAGCUGUGCUGGGUGAGAGGCAGGGCUGGCAGGCUUAAUGGCAGGUUUCCCAUCCUCGUGCCAGAUUAGGCACCCAUGCAAUAUGGACAGUCCCAUGGCCAUUUUGCUGUUUCUGCACCACGGCACCAGCCAGGGCAAUCCCAGCCCGUGGUGGCCAUGAAGCCAUAAUGGUGCCUGACCCCUACCUUGCCACAGCAGCCUGAAGUGGGGAGAUGGAAGCCCAUGCAGGUAUUGAUCCGGGAAGAGGGAGGCGGGAUGCUCCAGAUUCCACUCGAGAUGCUUGUCGCAUCAGGACUGCACAGGAGCAGCGAGGACAGAUGGUCCCUGCAAGCACAACGUUUUCAUGAAGAAAUCAGGGUCGCUCACCGACCGGUCAAGCUCGAGGCAAAGCCGGAAAAGAGUCAUGAAGAGGUUUGGAAGCUCCCGAGUACCCAAACCUUCCCUACCUGCGCCGGGGCCGCGCCGCCAGCCCCGCACGGACAAAGGCGGCGCCGGGAGCCGCCGGCAGCGUCAGCCCGGGAGGGCCGCCCGCCGCCGGUGCAGCACGGGAGGUGUAGUCCUGCCGCUCCGCCCCGCUCGGCUCGGGGGGGCGGGCACCGGGAGCACCGCUGUGUCCUUGCGGCCCCUGGCCCUGCCCGCCACCCCUGGCCACUCGGGUCCCCUGCAAAUGGAGUCCUGGGCUCGGGGCACCGAGACACGGCGGGACACGCGGGGGGCAGAGCAGGCAGGGGGCAGGUGGGCUGCUGAGGUGGUCACUAUGUUACAGUUGUAACUAAGUUUUGUAAACUAUAUCCAAGAUUCUUACCUUAUCUUGAGGCUUUGCAGGUUGUAUACAAAAAGAGAACUGAAAGUUAGUCCUCAGUUAGUCCUUAUCUUAUCUUGAAAGGAUAGGAUGUGCUGAGAAUGCACAUCUAAGAAAUCCAAGUAUUUUACAUUAUUUCAUAAUGAAUAUAGGAAUAGUGCACAUGUGCAGUGACAAAAGGUGAAAAGUACACGGGUGAAGAAGACUCCUUACUUCAUCCUGAAGAUCCCCUGAACGACCACCAGAGGACACUGUAUAUGCUUAGAGUUCCAAGGUGUUGCAACUGGUAUUGUGAAAUAGUCGUGUAAUCUGAUGAAUAUGCAAUACAUACGUUGUAACCCUAAUGAAUAUGUAUGUAACCAAAUUGUAUAAAUGUAGUGGAGUUCGAAUCAGUGGUGGAAGCCAGCUCUGGGUGCGAACCCCUGGUUUCCCAGCGCUGAAAUAAAAGCACCGCAUAUAACUAU